GACGCUGCAUUUGAUUUGUCUUGGACAUCAGAACUCUUUCCUUGGAUUGAUAAACAUUUCAUUAUGGCUGAAAGGAGUUUUUUCGUAAACCGAGCUCCCAAGUCUACCAAGUCUACCGUGUCUCUACCAAGUCCUACCAUGGCUACUGCUGCGCUCAUCUCGGAGAACCUCAAGUUCAUCUGGCUCCUUAUUAAGAGAACAGAUGGGGUGAUCCUCAACGGUCUGAUUGCUGUUGGCACAGGGAUUGGUCAGGCUGCAUACACAAUAAUUUCCUUCAACUGCCCGUGCUCCUCCAGGAGAAAUUACCUCUACAGCCUUGCUGUGAUCGGCGCUCCAGCUCUGGCACUCUUCCUCGCAGGAGUGAUGAUGAACAGGAGCACGUGGAACCUGCUGUCCGACUGUCGGCUCAGGAAGUGUCAGAAACUGUUGCGAGUCGCUGCCUUAGCCCUGCUGAGGAGCGUUGUGGGUCGAGUUAUGGUGGCUCCGAUGACGUGGGUCAUCACUUCAUUUCUCUGGGGCCAGGCAUAUACAUGUGCCCUCAGUGAGUUUGUUGAUCCCAGGACGCUGGAAAAUUUCCCCUCGGGUCAGUGGGGGUCAGAGGUCAUGGCUAAAUUCCCAUGUGCUAACAGUGUUCCGACGGAGCUGGAAAGUUUUUCGGCAGAAAUUGGUCGACGACUGAAUUAUGAAUCACAGCUGAUUGCCUUGUUGUUGGUGGCAGGAAUGUCUCUGCUGGCGUUCAUCCUACUGUGUGUGAAGCGCUGCACUUCUCCCCUCAACUGCCAGCAGGAAGACUACUGGUCCCAGUACCGCUUGCACGAAAGGACCCUGCUGCAACGCACAGCAUCUGUGCACGCCCACCUCCUGGCUGCACAAAAUGUAAAAAGCUUUUUUGGCUUUGUGGCUCUGGAAGAGGAGGAUAAGGAGGAGCUGAUGGAGCACCAGAGUGCUUACCCAAUCUGCAGCACCGACUGGAACAGAAUCACUGGGGUCUACUUGUACACAGAGAAGAAGGGGCUUCCUCUCUACAGCAGGCUAAAUAAAUGGGCAACAUAUAACCAAGAGGGCACCGAAGCCGUGGAAAAAGAAAUGGUUGUGCUCAAUUGA